GGGGAGCGGGGGUGUCAUGCCGAGAGCUCGCGUCGCAGCCCGGCAGGCCGCGGCCCGACCCGCACCCCGGGGCGCAGCCCUCCGCCGCUCCCCCAGAGGGCAGCGCUGGGAGGAGGGGGCGGCGACGACGAACAGCCCUGCAACAUCUGUAAAACUUGAAGGAGGCGGCGGAGAGGAGCGCGCGAGACGGAGAAAAGCGAGAGGGACAACUUUUCCGACACGUGAGUACCUCGGCGCGAUGUGUUUGUUCCCCUCCUUCGGUGGCUGCCGCCGAGCCAAAACAAUGCGGGGCGGUGGCGGGGCUGGAGGGGACGGGCGGCACGGGACGGGACGGAGGGGUUCCCCCUUCCCUACCAAAACUGUUUGGUACCAGGCUGUGGAUUUGGGGAUACUUUUUUUUUUUUUUCCUUUUGCUCCCUCUCUUCUUUUUCUUCCUUUUCUCCUCCCACCCGUUCUUUUUGUUGAACCAAAUCAGAAAUGUCAGUCAGUGCGAGUGAGUCAGAAGGGAUCAGAUUACAAGAUCACUGAAACUGAUGUCGGACCCGCGCACACACACCCCCACACGGAGGCAGAGGCGCGGGCUGCUCCCCGCGGGAGGCGGGCAGGGAUAAAACAACCACCACCAACACCCGCCGGCCCUCCUCUGCCGCCCCCGUCCCGCCUGUGUCCCGUCCCGUCCCCCUGCCCCGCGGGAUGCCCUCCGGCCGCGGCGGGGGCCGGCCCCGCUAGCCGCGGCGGCGGCAGGGGAGCGGCGCGGAGACGAGCCGGCAGCCCCGGCCCUCGCCCAUGGGCAGCGCGGGGGCUCGGCGGCAGCGGCGGCAGGUACGUACCCACUUGGGGGAGAAGUUCUUUGUUCCCCGGCUCUACUCCGGGCCACUUUCCUAAGGCGUCUCCCAGCGCUCCGGCCCCGCUCCCGGCCCUCUUCCCGCUUCCCUAACUUGGAGGCGGGGGUCGGAGGGGACC